CGAAGCAAGAUGGCGGGCGGCCGGACUAUCGACAUCGUAUCAUACUGCAAUACAGCCCCUCGCGCCAGCACCUGUCGUGUUUUUUCAUGCGAAGGAUUCCAUCCGGUACCAUUCGCUUCUCGGCGGUGGUUCUCGACUACUAAACACGAUCGAAGGUCGGAUCCAGUGGACCAGUCGGAUAUGUAGUGAUGAUCGUGAUGAUCGUGACAACAUGCAACAGGGCAGUCUCCAUUAAUUUUUACGCUCCUGCAGCUAAUACUCGCGCUCAGUGAUUAUCUACUAGAGCCGAUAACAAAUCAAGCAUGAAAAUCCUAGAUCGCGCCUUCUUCCUGACCAGUAUGCAUGCACAAGAUUCCGCAAGCUUCAGUGACGCUGGGCGAAAAUCUUUCGACCGAGGGUUUGUUCUCUAUCACCUCGCGAACAUAGAGCAGAUUUACAACAACUUAUACGACGAGAUCGAAGGUUGUGUCUUUUAGCGAAUCAAUUUGACUGCCGGUUUGGGGGCUGGGGUAUUCAUUCCGAUAUGUUGAGCGCCACUUGAGGUUGGUGGAAAAGGCCUUUGAGAAGAUACGAAAGGAAAUUGACUUUACAAAAUGCACUUGCUCGGAAUUUGACAGAUCUUGCGACGUCAUCUACAAGAUGGAUAAGUAAAAAUCAGCAAAGUCGAGGUGGCGUAAUGGAGGGCACGAUGGAAGCGGCUAGAUCUCCACACUAGUUUGCUCCCAGGACAACGCAUGCUACAGAUACAUCAUGAGUCACGGAUGCUGGAUCCGUAGAAACUCAUUCUGAACAAUAUGCCUCCAAGUGCCUCCGCGUCCCACUUUGGUUCUCACUAUGAAAGUAGAAGCAAGGAGCACGCAUGACGUCUACAACGUUCUGGUGGGGGUUCGCCACUCAUUUCUUUUUUUCUAGAUCAUGGUUCCAGAUACAGGCAAGUGUGAUAUGGUGAAAAAUUACUCAGCGAUAUUUGUAAAUGGGCUGUCAUCAUCCGCCGAAGUAAAAUGCUUUUGGCCUUUCCAUACAAAGCAUUAAAUCGCGAACUCGCCAAGACUCGAGGACCCGUAUCACAUUAAAACCGGAACUGAAGGCAGAUAAUUUCGAUUUAUGGCAACCAGAAAAGAUAAAGAUAUCAUCAACGUCCAUGCCGCAGAAAAGUACUUACAACGUCGUAUGUAGAGCCUGGCUCCAACUGCGGGCUCGCCUUGAAGCGCCGACUUGCCAGCCGCCCGCCCAAGCAAACUGGUGGGGGCGAGGCAAAAUUGAUAGACAGGAAAUUUCCGGACAAAAGUAUUUUCUGCAGUGCGAACACUUGCGGAGCUGCAACGAGCUGUAG